UGGGAGUGCGCAGGCCGGAAAGCUUGCAGGUGGCGAAAAUGGCGGACAGCAGCGGGCGUGUGGGCAAGAGCAGCGGGAGCGGCACGGGCAAGGGGGCGGUGUCGGCCGAACAGGUAAUUGCUGGCUUUAAUCGCCUUCGGCAGGAACAGAGGGGCUUGGCAUCCAAAGCAGCUGAGCUGGAGAUGGAGUUGAAUGAGCACAGCCUAGUGAUCGAUACACUGAAGGAAGUGGAUGAAACCCGCAAGUGCUACCGCAUGGUUGGAGGUGUGCUGGUAGAGCGGACUGUCAAAGAGGUGCUGCCUGCCUUGGAGGGUAAUAAGGAGCAGAUACAGAAGAUCAUUGAGACACUGUCACAGCAGCUUCAGGCAAAAGGGAAAGAGCUCAAUGAAUUCCGGGAAAAGCACAACAUUCGUCUCAUGGGGGAAGAUGAGAAGCCAGCAGCCAAGGAAAACUCAGAAGGGGCUGGGGCCAAGUCCAGCUCUGCAGGAGUGUUGGUUUCUUAGGAACGAAGGCCUCUGCAUUUUUUUUUUUUUUUUACCCUGAUUCCCACUUCUCAUUUCGUUUUAUUGUUGUUGUUGUUAUUAUUAUUGUUCUCAGCUAUUGUAAUAUUUUUUUGUUUAUUAAAUGUUUUGGUCAGAAUGCUUAGCUGUAGCCUGAAAGUUACUCUCAUUUAGGGCAGCAUUGAAGGCAAAAGACAGCAUACAGCUGAACAUGGUGGCAUACACACCUUUAAUUGUAGUGCUUGGGACACAACAGGAGGCCAGCCAGGUCAUCCAAGGCUAUAUAGUGAGAGCCUGUCUCAUACAAAACAAAAAAUAGUAUGAUUUAUGGUUUUUGUUUCUACUGGGUUAAUGUCUCAUGGUACCAGACAGGACCCGUAUUUUGAGCUUUCCUUUGUAAAUAAAGACAUCUGCUUAUUUAGUGCUCUUCUAAAAAGGAGUGAGAGACAAAUGUUGACUCUGAGAUUGAAGUUUAAUAAAUGCUUGCAGUGAGGUGGCAGCUCUGAGAAUGCUCCGGGUUUGCCACAGCAGAGGCCUGGCCCUGUGCCUCUCUGCUGUUCUUUACAUGAAGAGCUCCAGGACGCAAACCUGUGGGCUAGCUGUCCUGCCAUCCUCACCGAAACCCCCAACCAAAUAAAGAUGGUCAUUCCAAAGGCAA